AUGGUAGCAAACAGCUGUAUGGACAUGGGUGAUUCCAUUCGCGUGUCGCAGAUGGAGUUUGAGUCCUCGGCACUCGAUUUACGCGAUGUAAACCGCAUCGUCCUAUUGGCCAUUUUGACGCAGGAGUUCACAGGCACGUUUGGCGGAGAAUGGCUUGUUCAGAACCAUGGGCCAGUUGGCCAGCUGGCUGGCUGA